GGUGCUGGAUAAAAAUCGGAUGAACGUGGGCAAGGACCACCAUUGCAGCUGCUGCCUCACAGCGAGUCCCCAUCACUCCCAGUCUGACAGCCUCACUGCCAGCAUCCUGCAUGUAUCUGCAUCCUGAGCAGUGCUGGUUGUGCAGCAGGAUAACGACGAGGUGGCGAGAGCUGCAUGGCUCAGUGGCAGCAAGAAAAAGAGGAAGGAGGGGAAAAAAGGGAGGAGGGGCUGGCUUUGGUGAGCUAGUGGGCUUCCUCUGCCUCACAGACACAUUUUAUUGACUUGCUAAUUGGAUGAGGCUCUCGGAGGAGAGGAUGCAGUGACCAAGAGGAGCUGCUCUCCAGAGGAGGGACACAAGCGAAAAAAGAAAGCCCUGCUCGGGGUCCCUAAAUCGAGCUACUUAAUCUCCUUUUUUUCCCUCCUCGCUUGCAGACAUUACAACAGAUGUUUUUGAGUGUCUCGCAGUGACCCUCACGCCGAGCUUAUAAUUAUAUACGGAUGACAUUGUCGAACAGAGGCUCCUGUUGCCAGACGCUUCGUGACAACUGAACCAUUUCCAUUUUUUCCUGUUCCCUUUUUCCUUCUUUUUUUAUAUCUCAGUCUCAUCUACUGGAGCUAUUUUUAUCAGCCUUCUUUUAAAUGCCAUUUGAUAUGAGCGGCGAUGGCUGGAUGAAUUCCUCAUCACAUCAAAGCUACAUGAGGAUGUGAAUUGAGCUUCUUCAGGGAGACAAAAAAUGAAGUCUUGCCAUGACUGAGGAGUGUAGAUGCUGUGAGGUCAGAGAGCAGGUGCCACUGUGCUCAGGUCUGCCGUCCCAAUGAGCCAAGCCGGGAGCACGCAGAAACGCACCACUUACCUCAUCUCCCUCACUCUGGUAAAGGUUGAGGCAGUGCCAGAGGAUGCUGCAGGAAGCCAGACGGAGGGCCUUCCAGAGGGGGAAGGGAGCCCUAGGAAGAAGAAGAAGGAGGAGGUGGUAGAGGUGGAGGCAGAGGAAAACGAGAAGGAGGCUUCAAGUCAUGUCCCUGUAAAAGAAGGAUCUUUGUUUGUGGAAGUGGAGCAUGAUGAAAAAACACCGGUGGAGGAGGAAGUGGAACAGGUGCAGGAAAAGCAUUGGAGUGCAAAUGAAAGCAGGGAUAAGCCUGAGAGGAGGGAGGUGUGUGCACCCCAAAAAGACAAUGUACCUGUUGAAAAGAGCAGAGAAGCAUCUUUUGCACAGCCACCUGUCAGGCAAAUGGUCAAAGUAUAUGGAGGAACUAUGUCUGAGGGAAGCGUGCGCAGAGAGGGACUCCGCUCAGAUGCCUUACGGCCCAAGACGGAGCUCUACCGAGAGCCUCCCAUGAUGUUCCUGAAGGGCGAAAACGGAACGGACUUGGGCGGCCGCUCCCGUUGCAGCCUCCCCUUCACUGUCCCGUCGCAGGUCAGCCAUCCACCACCUGUCGUGAUGAGGUCCCAUGCAGGGAGUAACGCCUCAUAUUCCAGGGAGCUGAGAGAGACCAACACGAGCCUGUAUCAUCCAGCUAAAACUCUAGAUCGAAGGGAUAACCGUGGCGGGGACCAGUCUCCCUUAGUGGCAGCUACAACUCUGGGGCCUUACAGGGCGUCCUGGGCAGACAGUGAUGGCAGGGGCACGCUCAUUAGGCCCGGAGUCCCCAUCAGUGGAGGGUUUUCAGGUGUGAUGACCCGAGAGAGCCCUCAGGGGGAGAGGUAUAAGGCGGUUUCUGUCUCCUUACCGGCCCCCCCUGCCCCCGACGUGUGCAGGCCUCCAAGGAAAGGAACAAGUUGUACCCUUGACAACAGCGACCUGCAGUCUUACUAUGAGGACCCGAGAAAAGUAAAAGAGGGCCAAGGAGGAACUAUCCAGCGGGCUCCUCCUCCUCGUGAUCGCAAGAUGCUUAAGUUCAUUAGUGGGAUUUUUACCAAAAGUACAACAGGUCCACCAGGCACCAAUACCACUCCUCCUCUCUAUCCAGCUGUGGACAGGGGUUCCAGCGAAGAGGAAGUUGUGUGCACCAGCAGUCAAGAAUGGACCAUGAGUCAAACUGUUCAAGAGCUUCAUCUGGGCGUGUUGGGAGGACUAUGCAGUGGGAAGUCUGCCCUCGUCCACAGACACCUGACAGGAAGUUAUCAGCCGGAGGAGAACGCAGAGGGGCGUCAGUACAUUAAGGACGUUCUGGUGGACGGACUGAGCCACCUACUGAUAAUCAGAGAAGAGACAGAGCUGCCAGGGCCUCAGUUUGCCAGUUGGGUGGAUGCAGUCAUUUUGGUAUUCAGUUUGGAAAAUGAAACCAGCUUUCAGGAAGUUUACAAAUUCUACCACCAGCUUUCUCUGCACCGGCCCAUCACUGAGAUACCUUUCGUAGUUGUCGGUACUCAAGAUAAAAUCAGCAGCACAAACCCCAGAGUAAUUGAUGAUGCCAAGGCACGACAGCUGUGUUCAGAUGUGCGGCGCUGCACUUACUAUGAAACCUGCGCAACCUACGGCCUCAAUGUGAACAGAGUCUUCAAUGAUGCUGCUCAGAAGAUUAUGGCAGCCAAAAAACAAGCAGCUUUACUGGCUUCCUGUAAAUCUCUUCCCAACUCUCCCAGUCACUCUGGAGGCUCCACCCCAGUAUCUGGAGUCUUCACAGGACAGGCUAGUAACGGAGGUCAGAGCAGUGACUACUCGUCAUCGCUUCCCUCCACUCCUGUGAUCAGCCAUAAAGAGAUAGCUAGAACCUUGAGAGGGGAGAAAGGGGACAGUGGCGUGCCUGGGUCGGUCCGGAGCGUCCGCAAACGCACACCUAGAUUUGUUGGCCGCAGAGGCAGCGACUCAAACAGGCGGAGUGCAGAUUUUAAGGGCGACUUCGGCAGCGGGAGAUUCAUCCCCAUCAAACAGGGCAUCUUGCUAAAGCGCAGUGGGAGCUCGCUCAACAAAGAGUGGAAAAAGAAAUAUGUCACUCUAUCCAGUGAUGGCAUCCUCUCGUAUCACUCCAGUGUCAAUGAUUACAUGCUGAACACUCCUGGGAAAGAGAUGGACCUGCUUCGAGUGACUGUUAAGGUCCCCGGAAAGCGCCCCCCUCGUGCUGUACCGGCAUGCCCUGCUGGGCUUAAUGGUCGCGCUAAAGAUAUGCUGGGACCUGAAGUCAGUACAAGUGGCCUCCUGCAAAUGGAGGAGGUUGAAGGAUUGGGCGGGGCUCUAUUCCUGAGAAGCAACAUUGGUGUUCAGCGCUGCUCAUCCACACUGUCCAACCAUGCCCAAGGUGUUGACUCUGCAGUCGAGGGAGUCUCCAGCUCCUCAUCUACCAAAGAUGUUGGCUCAGCCUCCCCGCUGACCGACAGGAAGAAGCACCGCAGAAAGAAGAGCAUGAAUCAGAAAGGAGACACAGCUGUGGGCCAAGCAGACGCUAAACGGAAAAUGUGGAAACUGAAAAGUUUUGGGAGCUCCAGAAACGUAAGCAAAACAGAUGAAGACAACUUUGACUUCCUGGUUGUGUCGAGCACCGGCCAGACGUGGCACUUUGAAGCCCAGAGUGUGGAGGAGAGGGAUUCCUGGGUACAGGCCAUUGAGAGCCAGAUCCUGGCCAGCCUGCAGCUCUGUGAGAGCAGCAAGAACAAGGAUCGCAAGAACAGCCAAAGUGAAGCUGUGGCACUACAGGCGAUCCGCAAUGCGAAAGGGAACAACUUCUGUGUUGACUGUGACGCUCCAAAUCCAACAUGGGCCAGCCUGAACCUGGGGGCUCUCAUAUGCAUCGAGUGUUCUGGGAUUCAUAGGAACCUGGGGACCCACUUGUCACGGGUCCGCUCGCUGGCCCUCGACGACCUGCCGAGGGAGCUCACCCUGGUUCUCAGCGCCAUUGGCAACCACAUGGUCAACAGUAUAUGGGAAGCACGCACAAUGGGCCACCGGAAACCAGCACCUGAUGCUACGCGAGAGGAGCGGGAGUCGUGGAUCAGAGCCAAGUAUGAACAGAAACUGUUUGUGGCGCCGCUGCCUCCACCCACACCCAGCGAGGGCCCAGACAUCAGCAUGUCGGGCCGUCUUCUGUUGGCAGUGAUGGAGCGCAAUCUGUCCAAGCUGCUGCUCCUGUUGGCCCACUGCACAAAGGAGGACAUCAACGCCCCUCCCUUCCUGUCGCUCCCCUCCAGGUCGCUCCUGGCCCUGCGUCUGCCUGGCUCUGCCCUGCACGCUGCCUGUCAGCAGGCUGAUGUGGUGAUGACGCAGCUUCUAGUCUGGUAUGGCUGUGACGUCCGGCACCGGGACGCCCAGGGUCAGACGGCGCUGGCCCUGGCUCAAAGCGCUGGAAGCCAGGAGUGCGUCGACAUCCUGCUGCAGCACGGCUGCCCUUGUGAGCCGGCUCCCGUUUUCAGCACCACGGUUGGAUUUGCGUCUGCUGUGACGUCCAGCUUCCCUGCUGCCAUGACGCCAAGCUUGACGGUCGCCACCACGAUCAAAAUCACACAGAAGAGCAGCGGCGCCAACCUGGGUUACAGUACAUCUAGAAGAGCUGUGUCAUAAAGCGCAGAGUGUUUUUAAGUUAGUGUGUCACUGCUUCGCCCUCGUAGAGUCCUAUCCAUCCACACGGACAAACUGACAGAUACCAUCCAACUAGAGUCAGAUGAGAUUUUAGGAGGUGUGCGUGUUUCAGGGAUGAAAACUGGAGAAUACACUGUGCUGGGCUGAUCCCCCCC